GCCGUAGGUUAAAGGUCGAGCGGAAGUUCCCUAAGCUUCCGGCCGCCGGCUUGGAAAAAGAGUUAUGGCUAAACAUCAUCCAGAUUUGAUUUUCUGCCGCAAGCAGGCUGGUGUGGCUAUCGGAAGACUGUGUGAAAAAUGUGACGGCAAGUGUGUGAUCUGUGAUUCCUACGUGCGUCCCUGCACCCUGGUCCGCAUAUGUGAUGAGUGUAACUAUGGAUCUUACCAGGGCCGGUGUGUGAUCUGUGGCGGCCCCGGAGUCUCCGAUGCCUACUACUGUAAAGAGUGCACCAUCCAGGAGAAGGAUAGAGAUGGUUGCCCAAAGAUUGUCAAUUUGGGGAGCUCUAAGACAGACCUGUUCUAUGAACGCAAAAAAUACGGCUUCAAGAAGAGGUGAUGGGUGGGUGGCUCCUUCCUCACCCAUCAAACUGCUGCAGCUGCCAGAAUAGACGCCUACUACCACCAGCCUAAAGGGAACGGAGCUGAGUGUCACCAGAGCAGCCUGCUAGUGCUAGUGUCCUGGCCCCUGCCACUAGCAAGUGCCCAUGGAGCAUCUGGCAGACUGGAGGAGACGCUGCUCGCUUAGUCCCCAGUUCCCUUUUUGUUUUGAGUUGGAAAAGCAAGGCUCUGUUCUCCACACUGAUCCUUUCAACUCAAAAGCCUCAAAACAAGUUGGUGUGUGCCCUUGGUGAUGAAACUGUCCCAGCAGAAGUGUGGUCUUGCAGCAGCUAUGAUGGGGUUGUCCUGUGACCCUCACUGUGGCCAGGUGUGACCUGAACAGUAAUGUGACCUGACAAUUUGCAGGUGGCGCUGGGCUCGUUUUAUUUUUCUUGUAAAUUGGAAGUUUCAGUUACGCUAAUAAAGUUGUCUACCUUCCCAGUUAA